UCCCUUAAGCGUUCGGCGCGCUUCCGUCUUUAUCCUAGCAACGCCCAUAGUAACGCGUAGGUCCCGCCCCCUUUGCGCGGGCCUCCCGGAAGUUACUGGUCCACUGCUGAGCGCCGAGCUCCCUGCUGUCCCUAGCUGUGUGGCGGAGUAGCGUCUGGGUGAGAGCACCCGGAAAGGGAGCUUCCGGCUGGGAUUGGGGCCCGUACAGUAGGGUAGGCAGCGCGGACCUGGACCUGGUGACGAUGGCGGAGCCGCAACCCUUGGCGCUGCAGCUGGAACAGUUGUUGAACCCGAGACCGCGGGAGGCGGAUCCUGAGGCCGACCCCGAGGAGGCCACUGCUGCUAGAGUGAUUGACAGGUUUGAUGAAGGGGAAGAUGGGGAAAGUGAUUUCCUGGUAGUGGGUAGCAUUAGAAAUCUGGCUUCAGCCUCCUUCCUGGACACAGACAAAAAGUAUUCUGGCAAAACCACAUCUAGAAAAGCUUGGAAGGAAGACCAUUGGGACCAGAUUCUGCCAGGUUCAUCUGAUGAGGAAAUAUCUGAUGAGGAAGGAUCUGAAGAUGGAGAUUCAGAGGGCCUGGGCCUGGAGGAAUCCGAGAAUGAUGACCUGAGUGCUACUGAAGAUCAGGAUGCUGAUGAUGGUGGAGAGAGCAGUCUGGCCUGGAGGAAGAAGAGCAGAUGCCACUCUGCAGAGAUGCCAGGCUUCAGUUUCCAGGGCAUCAGUGACUUUGAGAAAUUUACUGAGGGAAUGGAUGACCUUGGGAGUAGUGAGGAAGAUGAAGAGGAAGAGAGUGGCAUGGAAGAAGGGGAUGUUGAGGAAGGCUUGGCGGGUGAGAAUGAGGAAGACAGGGCCAGAGAUAGGAACAGUGAAGAUGAUGGUGUGGUGAUGACAUUCUCCAGUGUCAAAAUUUCUGAGGAAGUGGAGAAAGGAAGAGCUGUGAAGAACCAGAUAGCACUGUGGGACCAGCUCUUGGAAGGAAGGAUCAAACUACAAAAAGCUCUUUUGACCAGCAAUCAGCUGCCUCAACCAGAUAUUUUUCCUGUUUUCAAGGACAAAGGUGGCCCAGAAUUUGUCAGCGCCCUAAAAAAUAGUCACAAGGCACUUAAAGCAUUGUUGAGGUCUUUGGUAGAUCUUCAGGAAGAGUUGCUUUUCCAGUACCCAGACACUAGAUAUCUAGUAGAUGGAACGAAGCCCAGAGUGGAGAGUGAGGAGAUUUCUAGUGAAGAUGAUCAGCUAGUGGAAGAAACGAAGCAGAGAAGAGCUCCACCAAAGAGGAAGCUGGAGAUGGAUGACUACCCCAGCUUCAUGGCAAAGCGCUUUACUGACUUUACAGUGUACAGGAACCGUACGCUGCAGAAAUGGCAUGAUAAAACCAAGUUAGCUUCUGGAAAACUGGGAAAGGGUUUUGGUGCCUUUGAACGGUCAAUCUUGACUCAGAUUGAUCAUAUUCUGAUGGACAAAGAAAGAUUACUUCGAAGGACACAGACUAAACGCUCUGUCUACCGAGUUCUCGGCAAACCUGAACCAGUAGCUCAACCUGUUCCAGAGAGUUUGUCAGGAGAACUGGAGAUCCUUCCUCAAGCCCCUGCCAAUGCUCACCUAAAGGACUUUGAUGAAGAAAUAUUUGAUGAUGAUGACUUUUACCACCAGCUCCUUCGAGAACUCAUAGAACGGAAGACCAGCUCCUUGGAUCCCAAUGAUCAGGUGGCUAUGGGAAGGCAGUGGCUUGCAAUCCAGAAGCUACGAAGCAAGAUUCGCAAGAAGGUAGAUAGGAAAGCCAGCAAAGGAAGAAAACUUCGGUUUCACGUCCUUAGCAAGCUUCUGAGUUUCAUGGCCCCUAUUGACCACACUACAAUGAAUGACGACGCCAGGACAGAGCUGUAUCGAUCUCUUUUCGGCCAGCUCAGCCUUCCUGUUGCAGGUCAUGGGGAUUGACAUCACCUGUGCCUCUUGCUGCAGGCCUGAGACCGGGCUUCCCAACAGCAGCCACCAGAACCUCCUGGCUGCUGGUCCAGAUGGAUGCAGUGGAAUCUAGCUCCCAGGACAUCCGUGGAGGUGCCCUGGUUUGGAACAUGUACCUAGUAGAUGGAGCACAUGCCUCCCAAGUCCUUUAACCAUCGCAAAUAAAAAGGAUUGUC